AUGGAUGUUGGAAAUCAAUCUUCUUUGCCUGGGCAGCUUCUUGGCGAAGAGGAUGAAUUCGUACAGAACGAAUUGCCAAGUUCAAGGUGUUCAACUCUGGUGUUGAUUUCUCAUUCGCAUUCCCCGCCGCUAAAUCCGCCUGCGAACUUGAGCUUCGAUUUGAGAGCGCUGUCGAAUCCACCCAAGUAUAUUAGGGAUGCGCAUACUGGGACGUCGAAACGGUUAAGGGAGUGGUUGAGUCGUGAUGAGGGGUUCAUUGCGAGACGCGAUGCGAUUAGACUGCACAUAUUAGAGGCGAUGAAAGAAUCCGAGCAGGUACAGGACGAGGAGAAGAGUGCCAGCUCGGAAGCCGAAAUCGAAGACACAAAGGACGAAGGCACAGAUGCGACGCAGGUGCAAGAUCUCGAAGAAGAGCAAUCCGAGGGAAGUGAAGAUGAAAUAAGCUCCAGUGGGUCCGCGCCAUCCGAAACUAAGCAAGCUUCCGUCCAGGAACUAAGGGUUGGCAUAUUCUGCCAGAUGGGACGACAUAGAAGUGUUGCUAUGGUUGAGGAGCUGGCGAGAAUGAAGUGGCCUGAGUGGGAUGUGAGGGUCGAGCAUAGAGAUGUGUUGAAGAAGAGAGGGGAACAUAAGAGUGGUGGGCGGCAUGGCAGGGGAGGGGGGAGUAGUAGUAGGUUCGCGGAAGAAGAAUGGUGA